AUGGGGAGGCUGUUGCUGUGGCUUGGGCUGGUUCUUGUGCUGGAUUGCCACGAUGGCGCUGCCUACAAGCUGGUGUGUUAUUUUACCAACUGGGCACAUAGUCGACCGGGCCCCGCCGCCAUCCUGCCCCACGACCUGGACCCGUUUCUCUGCACACACCUGAUAUUCGCGUUUGCCUCAAUGAACGACAAUGAGAUCGUUGCUAAGGAUGUCCAAGAUGAGCGAAUUUUCUACCCAGAGUUCAACAAACUCAAAGAGAGGAACAGGGAGCUGAAAACACUGCUGUCCAUUGGAGGGUGGAACUUCGGCACAACCAGGUUCACCGCCAUGCUGUCUUCAUUCGCCAGCCGUGAAAAAUUUAUCAACUCAGUUAUAUCCCUGCUAAGGACACACAACUUUGACGGUCUCGACCUGUUCUUCUUGUACCCUGGGCUCAGAGGCAGCCCUGCCCAUGACCGGUGGACUUUUCUCUUCUUAGUUGAAGAGCUCCUGUUUGCCUUCCAAAGGGAGGCGCUACUCAUCAAGCGUCCCCGGCUGCUGCUCUCCGCUGCUGUUUCUGGGGUCCCACACAUCAUCCAAACAUCUUACGACGUGCGCCUUCUAGGAAAACUCCUGGAUUUCAUUAAUGUCUUGUCUUAUGACUUGCAUGGAAGCUGGGAAAAGUUCACAGGGCACAACAGUCCCCUGUUCUCUCUGCCCGAAGACCCCAAAUCCUCGGCAUAUGCCAUGAAUUACUGGCGAAAGCUUGGGGCACCCUCAGAGAAGCUCAUCAUGGGGUUCCCCACCUAUGGACGCACCUUUCACCUCCUCAAAGCCACUAACCAUGGGCUGCAGGCCCAAGCGAUCGGACCAGCAUCUCCAGGGAAGUACACCAAGCAAGCUGGCUUCCUGGCUUAUUAUGAGGUCUGCUCCUUCGUGCGGAAGGCGAAGAGGCACUGGAUUGAUUACCAGUACGUGCCCUAUGCUUACAAGGGGAAGGAGUGGGUCGGCUAUGACGACGCCAUCAGCUUCAGUUACAAGGCAAUGUUUGUCAAGAGAGAGCACUUCGGGGGGGCUAUGGUGUGGACACUGGACAUGGAUGACGUCAGGGGCACUUUCUGUGGCAAUGGCCCUUUCCCCCUUGUCUACACAUUGAAUGACCUUCUGGUGCAGGACGAGUCCACCCCGACACCUUUGCCACAAUUCUGGUUCUCCUCAGCUGUGAAUUUUUCAAGAACUCACCUGGCCGUGACGGAGCCGCUGACCACUGAUAUUAAGAUUUUGCCCCCAGGGGGCGAGGCUAUGGCCACUGAGAGCAGUGGGAUGUCUGAAGCACCCAGAGGUGCAGCUGUGUCCCUUGGCAAGCACACUGUGGCUCCGGCAGAGAAGACUGAGCCCCCUGGAGUGAAGCCCAUGACCCCUGGCAAGAUGACGAUGACCUCUGCUUGAGGUUGAGACCCUGCAGUGAAGACCGUGACUCCUGGAAGGAAGGCUGUGGCCCUUGAGAGACAUCAGUGGCCCCUGGUGGGCAGGCUAUGUCUCUGCAAGGGGACAAUUCGACUUCCGAGGCAGUCACCGCCCCUAGGAUAGGCAACAUUAGCGUGCAGGUAGACGUUGGGAAUGCGCUGCCGUCCUCUGUCCCUGUCGUCUGGGGCCCAGGUCUUGUUUCUGAUAGCUGCUUUAUUCUCACUCAACUCAACGACACUUAGAAAAAAAAAAACCCUGUCUCUCCAAUAAAAGAAAACUUUGCGCUGGAUCAGGGAGCCUACAUUCAGCAGAAGCAGGGGCAAGCCCUUGUGUGUCGUCCUGAGUGAUGUUACAGAAGCUGCCUGACCCCAGCCAUCUGUGAACUGUUCAGGGGAGAAGCCACGGAGCAUCAGUUGCUUUUCUGAUGAAUAAACUUAGAGACACAAGAA